AUGCUAGCAGCGCGCUUGGGCGCCUUGGCAGCUCUGCUGCUCCUACAUAUUCUCAGCGUCACAGCGCAGCGCAAUACAUCGCAUCUACCGGACGAUGCUUUCCAGAGAUUUACUGCAAACGAUCCUGCACCGUUUCUCGAUUUCCGCACGCACGAUUCCCUACUUUCGCACCUCUUGAUCCCACGCGUUGCAGGCACGGAGAAUAGCACACUUGCACGGACAGCCAUCAUUGACGCACUUUUUAAGCAGCGCGACGCAAAUAACCAGCCGAAGUGGCGUAUUGAUACGCCAACGUUCGAGGCAUCCACGCCGCUGGGCCCUCGCAAUAUGACCAAUAUUGUGGCGACGCGCGAUCCUGCGGCGCCGCGCAAGCUAGUGCUUGCGGCUCAUUAUGACUCAAAAUACUUUCCGCCUGGGCCCAAGGAGGGGUUUAUAGGCGCUACCGAUAGCGCGGUAUCGUGCGCCUUGCUUGUCGAUACCGCGUACGCACUUGAAGAAGCCUUGGACCGAUACACUAGUGCAAUGAAAGCACGGCGAGACACACAGCAUGAAGAAACUAACAUGGACGAUAUUACUCUUCAACUUAUAUUUUUUGACGGCGAGGAAGCGUUUGUGGAAUGGACCGCAGACGAUUCCGUGUACGGCGCGAGAAAUCUUGCAGAGCAAAUGGCGUCCACAUGGGUUGCGCCGUUCAAUACACUUGCGCCGCGCUACAAUACUCGCGCUCCUGUGCUUGAAAUUGAUCAAAUCGAGCACUUUAUCUUGCUGGAUUUGCUGGGCGCGCGAGGGACGCCAGUGCCGUAUUAUUUCAAUACGACUCGGUGGAUGCAUACCAUGUGUAUGAAUCUCGAGCAAAGACUGCGCGAUAUGCACGCACUGUACCCUGCAGGAAUGGAUGCGCUUGGUUUGUUCGUCGAUAAACAAGGGCCCGACUCUAUUGAGGAUGAUAACAUACCGUUCCUCCAGAAAGGCGUCGAAAUCCUGCACUUGAUUCCGUUUCCGUUUCCUAGCGUGUGGCAUUCCACUCGCGAUGACGCAUCCGCGCUAGAUUACAAUACCAUACACGCAUGGGCCAUGGUUCUACGUACAUUUACUGCAGAGUAUAUGGGGUUGGUCAAGUAG